UCAAUGAAAAUUAAUCGAAUUCAUUUUUUUUUUCUUUUCAGAGAACUCGUGUCAGCAGCUGUGGUGGAUUGGCAAUUUUGUUUAUUAUAUUAUUUAUUACUUCAUAUUUGUAGUAGUAGUAGCAAUAGUAACGGUUAUAAUAAAUGUCAUGUUUAUCGAUUUCAGCAAGAGAAAUGUAAAUUCAACAAAAAUUUUGUUAUCGCCAGCAUCAGCGACUGGGCCAUCAUGCCGAAGAACGAGGAUGCGCUGGCAUUUACGGUGUGGAAAAUUGGACCGAUUGCGGUUAGUUUGAAUGCAGCUCCGAAGUCAUUUCAACUGUACAAAGCCGGAAUCUACGAUGAUGCGGUGUCCUGUGAUAACACGAAGGUCAACCACGCGAUGCUGCUAGUGGGCUACACACCGACCUAUUGGAUCCUGUUCAACUGGUGGGGAGGCUGGGGUGAAGGAGGCUAUAUGAAAUUAGCUCGCGGUAAAAACAUGUGCGGUAUCAGUAACUUUGCUGCGUAUGUCACCAUCAAAUAAUAAUAAUAAUAAUAA